UCCCUGGGAGCGUGCAGCACCGCGAUCUGGUGCCCGCUGUGUCCUCCGGGACACCGAUCGUCUCUGCGAGGUCCCGAUCAUGUGAUCACUGAUUGGCCAAUCAGUGAUCACAUGCAGAGUAGUAAGCAAGAUGUCACUUCUGACAUCAUUGCUUACUACGUGUGAAAUCUGUGAAUGAUCACAGAGAUCACAUGGUACAGGGCUAGUCACAACAGCCUUGUACCAUGUGACAACCUGUGACCAAUCACAGCUCACACAGUA